GGUCUUUGGAGUACAAAAUUAUAACGAGUUCUAACGCUCACUCCUUAUUUACUCAACAUGGCUCCCCUCACUCACCCCUCAAUCAAAGAUGGAUGGUUCCGCGAGAUUUCAUCCCAGUGGCCGGGUCAGGCUAUGACCCUCAAGGUCAAUAAAAUUCUCCACAUGGAGAAGUCUUUAUACCAGGACGUCCUCGUCUUUGAGUCAGAGACAUAUGGAAAUGUACUUGUGUUGGAUGGUGUCAUUCAGUGCACCGAACGCGAUGAAUUUUCCUACCAAGAGAUGAUCGCCCAUUUACCUCUUGCUAGCCAUCCCAACCCCAAAAAGGUUCUCGUCAUCGGAGGCGGUGAUGGUGGCGUUGUUCGUGAGGUCUUGAAGCACGAUACUGUGGAGCAGGUCGUACUUUGCGAUAUCGAUGAGGCUGUCAUAAGAGUAUCCAAAACUUAUCUUCCACACAUGUCCUCACUUCUCAGUUCGCCAAGAGUAACAGUAUUUGUAGGCGAUGGUUUCAAAUUUCUUGCCGAUAAUGAAGCCACCUACGACGUCAUCAUCACUGAUUCUUCAGACCCGGUUGGACCUGCAGAAUCUCUAUUCCAAAAGCCUUAUUUCCAACUUCUUCACGAUGCUCUCACUCCAGGGGGGCAUAUUUCAACUCAAGGCGAAAGUUUGUGGCUCCAUCUCCCUCUCAUUUCUGAACUUAGGAAUAUGACUCGCGAAAUAUUCGCUGUCUCGGAGUAUGCGUUCACGACUAUCCCAACAUAUCCUUCCGGACAGAUCGGUUUCGUGGUCUGCUCAAAGGAGAAAGGACGGGAUCUCAGGACUCCCGUUCGCAAAAUAGCAGAUACGCUGUACUACAACGAAAACGUGCAUCGCUCUGCUUUCGUUCUGCCAGAAUUUGCCCGUGCAUCUCUCGAGGAAGGAAAGGCCAAAUCUCCCGUCUUUGGUAGGGCGGCCGCUGCUGCGAAAGCUGCGUCUGAAGGGAAAGCCCCCCGAAAGGUUCUCCUUCUCGGCUCUGGGUUUGUCGCACGUCCUUGUGCUGAAUAUAUAGUCCGCGAUCCUUCCAACGAACUCACUAUUGCGUGCCGUACUCUUGCAAGUGCCGAAGCUCUCGCUGGUGGCCUGCCCAACUCAAAGGCUAUCGCGCUCGAUGUAAACUCCACUGCAGAUUUAGAUGCUCAAGUGGCGGCACAUGAUCUCGUCAUAUCACUCAUUCCUUAUACCUACCACACUGCAGUCAUCAAGUCUGCUAUCAAAGGAAAAACUCAGGUUGUCACCACCAGCUAUGUUUCUCCCGCUAUGAGGGAGCUAGAUGAGGAAGCAAAGAGAGCGGGCAUUGUGGUUCUGAACGAAAUCGGUCUUGACCCUGGUAUUGACCACUUAUACGCCGUGAAAACCAUCGACGAAGUUCAUGCCAAAGGUGGAAAGAUCAAACAAUUCUUAUCAUACUGUGGUGGCCUUCCUGCACCGGAGUGCUCUGGCAAUCCUCUGGGAUACAAAUUUUCAUGGUCAUCACGGGGGGUUCUCCUCGCUUUAUUGAACCCGGCUUCCUACUUGUCAGACAGCAAACAGCUUGACAUCACUGGCACUGAACUCAUGGGUUACGCACAACCCUACUUCAUCUCACCUGCCUUUGCAUUCGUUGCGUACCCGAACCGCAAUUCCGUCCCAUUCAGAGAGUUCUACAAUAUACCCGAAGCGGAAACUGUCGUACGCGGGACUCUGCGUUACCAGGGUUUCCCGGAGUUCAUCAAAGCCCUAGUCACACUGGGAUGGCUGGACGCAACUGAAAAGGCUUUCUUGGACGAGGAUUUGACUUGGGCUGAGGUGAUGCAGAAAACGAUUGGUGCCAACGAUUCCACUGAGAGUUCCCUUGUUUCCCGAGUCAAGGCUGUGUGCAACUUCCCAAGCGAAGCAGAGAGCACCCGCAUCAUCUCCGGGUUGAAGUGGAUCGGACUGUUCUCGUCGGAAAAAGUCAAGGCCAGGGGCAAAAACCUUUUGGACACUCUGUGUGCUCAGUUGGAGACUCUGAUGAAGUACGAGGAGGGAGAACGGGAUCUAGUGAUGCUCCAGCACAAAUUCGUUGUCGAGAACGCAGAUGGGACCCAGCAAACCAUUACUUCGACCCUAGAGCAGUAUGGUGACCCCACAGGACACUCAGCGAUGGCACUGACGGUCGGGGUUCCUUGUGGUAUCGCUACGCAGUUAGUGCUGGAUGGUGUAUUCACCACGCCAGGGGUUCAUGCACCCUAUACCAAAGAUAUCUGUGAUCCUAUCCGCGCUAUCUUAGAAAAGGAGGGUCUGGGUCUUGUGGAGAAGGUUUUGUAGGUUGACAGAAGAGUGUAUAAAAUGGAUCAGGUCCUGUUUUGAUAUAGAUGCAGAAGUUGUAUAAAAACUUGUAUGCGAGAGUGUUGAAUGCAGCAAAGUCAUUAUGGUAUGACUCCGAUUGGGCGUUAUGUAUUGUAACCUUAUUAGGGGCAAGGUCGCGACUUCCAGUUAUGCUAACAAUAUGAACAUCCUCAAUUGUCU